GAGAGAGAGAGAGAGUCAGAUAGAGUCAGAUAGAGUCAGAUAGAGUCAGAUAGAGAGAGAAAAGCGCGUUUGUCACUUCUGAGCGAUCACAAUCACACCUUCAGUGAAGCUCCUCCCACAACAAUCACACCAGCAGUGGAAGCUCCUCCCACUGCAGUUCAUCAAUAAAUGCUGGAAUAUUCCCAUCAGUCUACAAGUGAAGAGGAGCAUCAAAUCAUCAGGAAGAAGUGAAAUCUGCAGAGACAAUUUAUUGAAGGAUAGAGAGAACAUGAGAGAUUCGGAAUCCUGCAGAAUCAAACACACCGAAGAACAAACAGAGUUGACUGAAGAAAAAAAGGAGGAGGAUGAAGAACUGCGUGAAGAGGAGGAAAAACAUCAUGUCAAAACAGAACAGAAAGCUUUAAAGAAAAUAAGAGACAAGAAAUCAUUCACCUGCCCUCAGUGUGGAGAGAGUUUGACAAACAAACAGAGUCUCCAGAUUCACAUGAGAGUUCAUGCAGGAGAGAAAUUGUUCACAUGUGAUCAAUGUGGAAAACCAUUUUUGUGGGGUUCAGCCCUGAAGAAUCACCUGAAAGUUCAUUCAAAGGAGAAACCACAUUCAUGUCCAAUAUGUGGAAAUAGUUUUUCACUACUGAAUAAUUUAAAAGCUCAUCAGAAGAUACACACUGGUGUGAGAGAAUAUAUGUGCUUUGAGUGUGAGAAGACUUUUAUUACAUCUUCACAUUUGAAACGACACCAGAGGAUCCACACUGGAGAGAAACCUUACAAGUGUUCACACUGUGACAAGAGAUUCAUUCAUUCAGAAUCCCGAAAAGGACAUGAGAGGAUUCACACCAGAGAGAGACCUUACAUGUGUAAUCAGUGUGGUACGAGUUUCAAACUAAAAGCUCAACUUAAGGUGCACAUGGGAGUUCACACUGGAGAGAAACCGUUCACAUGUGAUCAGUGCGGGAAGAGUUUUGCACAAUCAGCAAAGCUGAAGAAACACAUGAGGAUCCACACUGGAGAGAAACUGCAUGAAUGUGAUCAAUGUGGAAAAACAUUUUUGUGGGAUUCAGGACUGAGGAGUCACCUAAAUGCCCAUUUAAAGGAGAAACCACAUUCAUGUUCUUGUGUGGAAGGAGAUUUUCACAUCUGCAGAAUUUAAAAACACCAUGAGAAGUUACACAAGGACGUGAGAGAAUAUAUGUGCUUUGAGUGUGAAAAGACUUUUGUUACAUCUACAGAACUGAAACAGCACGAGAGGAUCCAUACUGGAGAGAAAC